AUGCAAUCUCGCCGGUGGAGUUGUGGCAUUCGGCUGGUGGCGUGGACGUGUGUUUGGAGUCUGGCGUUGCUCGGUGCGUGGUGCAUCCCCGCAAAUGAAGUGAACCUGCUGGAUUCUCGCUCUGUGAUGGGAGACCUAGGCUGGGUGGCCUAUCCUAACAAUGGGUGGGAGGAGAUCGGGGAAGUGGACGAGAACUACGCUCCGAUCCACACUUACCAAGUGUGCCGGGUCAUGGAGCAGAACCAGAACAACUGGCUCCACACCAACUGGAUCCUGACCGAGGGCGCCCAGCGCGUCUUCAUCGAGCUCAAGUUCACCCUGAGAGACUGCAACAGCCUGCCCGGCGGGGUCGGGACCUGCAAGGAGACGUUUAACAUGUAUUACUAUGAGACGGACUUGGGCGAAGAGGAAAUGGAGGACGGCGAGAUGAGGGAUGGAACGGGGAUGUCGGAGGAGGAAAACCGGGCGAUGAAGGAGAGCCGAUACAUCAAAAUUGACACCAUAGCAGCCGACGAGAGCUUCACGGAGCUGGACCUCGGGGACCGCGUGAUGAAACUCAACACCGAAGUCCGCGACUUGGGCCCCUUGACUCAGAAGGGCGUCUACCUGGCGUUUCAGGAUUUGGGGGCCUGUAUUGCGUUGGUCUCCGUGCGCGUUUUCUACAAACGCUGCCCGUUUCUGGUGAAGAGUUUGGCCAAGUUCCCUGACACCAUCCCGGGCUCGGAGGCCUCGCAGCUGGUGGAGGUCGUGGGCCGCUGCGUCAAUAACUCCCUGCCUUUGUAUGAGCCUCCCAGGAUGCAUUGCAGCACGGAGGGAGAAUGGCUGGUGCCGAUCGGGAAGUGCGUGUGCCAGUCGGGAUUUGAGGAAAUCAACGGAUCGUGUCAAGUCUGCAAAGUGGGGUUUUACCGUUCGCUGCUGGACUCCUUGGCCUGCAGUAAAUGUCCACCCCACAGUGCGGCCAGGCAGACGGGGGCCACCGCUUGCACUUGUGAGGACGGAUACUAUAAGAUCGACUCCGACCCUCCCAAUAUGGCCUGCACACGCCCUCCGUCUGCUCCACGCAACGCCAUCUCCAAUGUCAACGAGACCAGCGUCUUCCUGGAGUGGUCCGUUCCCAUGGAAACCGGCGGCAGAAAGGACGUGCGCUACAACAUCCUGUGCAGACGGGUCUUGCCAGAUGGAAGGGGCUUGGAAGAAUGCGGCCCCAACGUACGUUUUUUGCCACGUCGCGUCGGCCUGUCGAACACCUCGGUCAUGGUGGCCGACCUGCAGUCACACACCAACUACAGCUUCCUGUUGGAGGCUGUCAACGGAGUGUCAGAGCUGGCCAAAGACCACGCCAAGCAGUAUGUGUCACUGAAUGUGACAACCAAUCAGGCAGCACCAUCCCCGGUUAGUGUGGUGAGAAAAGGCAUUUCGGGGAAGAGCAGCAUCUCCCUUUCUUGGGCCGAGCCCGACCGCCCCAAUGGCAUCAUCCUGGAGUACGAGAUCAAGUAUUUUGAAAAGGAGCAGGACUCCAGCUACACCAUCAUCAAAUCCAAGGAGACCGAGAUGGUGGUGGAAGGCCUGAAGCCCUCGUCGGUCUACAUCUUCCAGGUGCGAGCCAGGACCUCAGCCGGCUACGGAGCAUUUAGCCGACGCUUUGAAUUCCAGACCAGCCCUUACUUAACUGCGACCAGUGAGCGUGCUCAAGCUUCGAUAGUCACGGUGGCCAUCACGUUGGCUCUGGUCCUACUGGCGGUCGUCGCUGGAUUCCUGCUCAGUGGACGGCGCUGUGGCUACACUAAAGCGAAGCAGGAUCCCGAAGAGGAGAAGAUGCACUUCCACAACGGUCACAUAAAGUUCCCAGGGGUGCGGACCUACAUUGACCCCCUCACCUAUGAGGAUCCCAACCAGGCCGUGCAUGAAUUUGCCCAAGAGAUUGAUGUCUCCUUCAUCUCCAUAGAGAGGAUCAUCGGAGCUGGGGAGUUCGGCGAGGUCUGCAGCGGACCGCUGAGGCUGCCGGGGAAAAGGGAGAUUCAGGUUGCCAUUAAGACCUUGAAGGCGGGCUACACCGAGCAGCAGAGACGCGACUUCCUGUGGGAGGCGUCGAUCAUGGGCCAGUUCAACCAUCCAAAUAUCAUCCGUCUGGAAGGCGUGGUCACCAAGAGCAAGCCGGUGAUGAUCAUCACUGAAUACAUGGAGAAUGGAUCACUGGACACUUUCCUCAAGAAAAACGAUGGUCAGUUUACUGUCAUCCAGCUGGUCGGUAUGAUGCGUGGCAUUGCGUCCGGAAUGAGGUACCUGUCCGACAUGGGCUACGUCCACCGGGACCUCGCAGCUCGUAACAUCCUGGUCAACAGUAACCUCGUGUCUAAAGUGUCUGAUUUCGGCCUGUCCCGAGUCCUGGAAGAUGACCCGGAGGCGGUGUACACCACAAGGGGCGGGAAGAUUCCUAUUCGCUGGACGGCUCCGGAGGCGAUCGCGUACAGGAAGUUCACCUCGGCCAGCGACGUGUGGAGUUACGGGAUUGUCAUGUGGGAAGUGAUGUCAUACGGAGAGAGGCCAUACUGGGAGAUGUCCAAUCAAGACGUGAUAAAGGCAGUGGAGGAGAGCUAUAGGUUGCCGGGUCCUAUGGACUGCCCUGAGGCUCUCUACCACCUGAUGAUGGACUGUUGGCAGCGAGAGCGCAGCAGCCGCCCCAAGUUUGAUGAGAUCGUCGGUCUGCUAGACAAACUCAUUCGCAAUCCCAGCUCGUUAAAAAAACUGGUCAACUCCUCACGCAGGGUGUCCAACCUGUUAGUGGAGCAUGCCAGUGUAGAGGGGAACUUCAGCGCCCUGAGCCAGACCGUGGGGGAGUGGCUCGACUCCAUCAAGAUGGGCCGUUACACGGAGCUCUUCAUGGAAGGAGGUUACUCUUCACUGGAGACGGUGACUCAGAUGACAUCAGAGGAUUUGCGAAGAGUUGGAGUGAAUCUUGCUGGACAUCAAAAAAAAAUCAUCACUAAUAUUCAGGAGAUGAGAGUCCAUAUGAACAACACCAACUCUACUGUACAAAUCUGAUGGAUAUGUACAGGCAUGCACACACACACACGCAAAUCCACACACAUGAACAUACACACAAUAAAUGGACCUAGUAUUUGACAAAAAGACUUGCUGUUGGACCUAGAACGGCUUAGCACUUUCUGCGGAAAAACGAAGCCCAGUGCAUAUGGAUCUAGACUGAACGAUCCACAUUUUUGUGGUUCUUGUGUUUGGAGUUUGCUUUUAGUGUCAUUGGGGAUUUUUUGACAUUGCAGCACUAAAACCAAACUGAACUGAACUGGGUGGUGCUACAUGAAGGAAAGAUGAUGGUGAGCUAAACUGGACUCCAAGUGAAGAGUUUUAUUUCUAAUCAUUCUAUGCGUGUGGAUCUUGGGGAUUGCGAUAUAUCUGUGCCCUGUCUGGAUUCUUUCAGAUCAAACAUAAAACACAGACCUGGCUCUGAGAGCAGCCAGCACGUUUGAGCUGUAAUCCAGAGCGUUUCAUGCAGCGGGCUCAAACUUUAACUUUUUCAGCCUGUCUCAGAUGAUCUGAACCCCGGUGGAUGUGAACAGUUUCUCUGGCAAUUUCCAGUGGAAGUGCAGUAUGAGUCAUUAAACUGAACACCAUUCUCAGGCAGGGGGGUAAAAAAUGAAUAAUGGACCAAGAGCAACAUGUUCAUUCGUUUCAGUCUUUGCUUUACCAUGCUGAUGGGCUUUUGGAUUUUGUUUUCCUGUCGCUGGCACGUCUUCAUGCAACAAGACUGCAGUUAUAACUCAUGAAAGUCCAGACUCGUGUUCAGCAUCAUGUACUUCAUUGUCUUCCAAAGCGAUGCAAGACCAGGCUCCACAAUGCAAACGUCAUCGUUUUAAAGAGGCUGACAUUUACAAUACAACAAAGUAAGGAGGAACUCGUCUGGGUCUGGCUUCUUCCAGAUGGGUUUGGGUCUUAUUCAACCCCCAAAAGAGAAUAUACACGGCUUGAAGUACCCGAUAACUGCUCUUCUGGCUGAAUGUAUAGCACUACACAAAACACAAUAUUCGGUUACCAUAUCAUUCUAUUUAGUUUGAUAUGAAAGUAAUGUUAGAAGCUGUAGAUUGUAAAAGAUAUUCAGCUUGCUAUCCGUCAUCUUUGUGAACAUCAAAGAUCUUGAUGAGUUCCUACAGAACUCAUUCAGAAAUUAACUCUCAAACCAUGAGGAUUUUAAUUGAAAAUCACUUCAUAUAACCGGAUACUUCAUGCAUGUUUUAAUGGACGCUCACUCAGAUGCCGGGCAACUUUUGUCAAAAAUAAUUGUUUACAGAGAUUCCACUGUAACCUGUGCUGGCACACCAAUGGAUCCUUCAGCCAGGUUCUGAAGAACCUUCAUGCAGGCUUUACGUCAGGCACUCAAGUGGACCAGUCACACAGGUUCUAAUGGAAAUGUCGUAUGUUAAAAGGUGGAAUUCAUCUGGAACAUUCAAUCCAACCGUAAUGUAAUUCCAUGGGAAUGCAUGGAUGCUACAUUUGCUCAUGUGAUAACAGGACCUCCAGUAAGAUUCCAGUGGGACUGUUUACUGAUAUUCUCAUAGAACCUUCACUCAGAUUAUAAUGGGAUCUCUACUAGGAUUCCAAUGCAGCCUUCACUCAAGAGUGCACUCAGAUUUUCACGGAGCCUUCACUUAGAACCAACAACCUUCAGGUACCGCAGAAAACCCUCAACAAUUGGUUCAGUUCCCCAUGCCGUAGAGUCUCUCUCCACCACAUGUCUGCUACGCCACAAUAAACCUCACUCUAACAGGACUGCUGAAAAUAAGGAGGCAAUAUUGAUCAACUUGAUAAUAAUCUAUUUAUUUAUACUCGAUAAAAAAGAAGAAGUUUAAAUGAUGUCGACGGUUUGCUUCAUCCUAAUACUCUAUUUGACUACUGAGCAGCUCUGCCUACAUGUCUUUGAUGUAUAUAAUGUAUAAUAUAUUUAAAGCAGGGAGCAUUGUUCUUCUGUCUACCAUUUUUUGGACAAGUUGGUAUUGAUCAAGCAUCUCAGAGUAGCACACGUUCGUAAAUUGUAAUGAAUAGUCUAAAUCAGCAUUCCUGCAACCGGCACUUAUGUCCCCAUACAAGGGUGCCCCAAAAGGUUAGCAGAAGUACCAGAUCUUCAUGUUAUGUUGUUGACUAUUGUAUUUAUUUUCAAGUUUAGGUACAAGACCUAGAAUAUAUUUUCAGCGGCCCUAAAUGAGACUACAUUAUUGACUGUCUCUAAAAAGCCAGAGGAGCGUGCACAGGGAUUGGAAUAUGAACUUCUGGUUUGGUUUAAAUGUAUACGAUGAUGUCAAUGAUCAAGCCCUUGCUUUACUUCUCUUUGGUUUGGUACAUUAUACAUUGCUACUCAGUGCUUUAUUGCUUAAACUUGACCCUUUUCACCAUUGUGUUCACCUAAGCAGGAACUGAGUUAUGGCAGUAUAUAUAUAUAUAUAUAUCCUCUUUGCAGAUGACAUGCUAAUAUGUUCUUGGUUAUACGCAGUGCAGAUGCUGUGGCUUAAGAGUUGAAACAAAAUGAGAUUGUAAAGAUAGUUUUAUAAGAAGUGUUAUCAUUUGACUGUAUGAAAAGCAAAGCACACAAGAAGAAUGUAAGGUUUUAAAGGGGUAUGUAUUUCACUUUUUCAGAGGAUAUCUUUUCGCAUUUUUAAAACUCAAACCUAAUGUUUUCACGGAGUGAAAGUUUGCUUGAAAGAUAAACAUCUGCAAAGUCUCUUUAGUCUGCAUAUAUAAUUUUGAAGGUUUGGUUUCAAGAGCCAUUCUACAAAAUUAGACCUUUCGUUUUAUACCUUGUUUUUUUAAGUCACAGGUUAAUCUUUUUUUUUUUCAGCAGUUCUCGUCUUCAAAACGGCAACCAACUUUUUGGCAGUGAACAUAUGUAGUAGUUUGUAGACUAUUGUGGCUAUGCAGAUCUUUAAUGUAGCCGGGGGAAUGCAUCAAUGAUACGGUGCACCUUUUUUAUAUUUGACAAUAUAAGGCAUGUCCAGUGGAAGUUGACCUGGGUGGUUUCCUCAGUCAUGUGAAUGCCACAGCAUCUGAUGAAGUUUCAGUGUUUUGAUCCCACUCAAAUUUCAUCGUAUUGGAUUUUUACAACCACCCUUUUCAACUUAAUUUUCAACUUAAAACCUAUGCCUGGGCCAUGAACGAUUGGUGAAUAGUACAUCCUUUAAGUGCCUCUCAUCUUUCGAGCGCCAUUUUUUCCUCCCCUACUAAUAUACUAUGCCCCAACUUUCUAUGUAUUUACUUUAUGCCAACAAUAUCUUACGGCAAGAAGAAGAAUGUCACACGAUGUGUAUGUUGGAACUAAUUUAAUUUGCACUUUAUUAUACAUUUUGUGCCCUUUUUGUUUGACAAAAAAGGUCUGUAGGUGACUGACCUUUUAGUUUUUUCCUUUUGCUUUACUAUAUAAAUACUAUAAUUACUGAGUUCCCUUAUGCCGAGUAUCAUUUCAUAUUCUAAAUGCUUCCCAUAGUAAACAAUUUGACAGUUAAGCACAAGGCAUUGGUCAUAUUUUUUCAGAUCAAAGUAAUAUAUUGAAAACUAAAUCAUCAUUGUGUUCGGGACAAGGAUCCACCUUCAGAACGUAAGCACAGGGUUCAAGAGAAACCUGACAGGGAGCGGAUGACAUGACUUUGUGCGAGCGCCAAUAGCACGAGCCCUUGAUGUCCACAAACGUCAGUCAGACAUUUAGUCUCAAUGUUUGUGGCAUUAUAGCAUUCCCACUGCUAAGUGUAAAAGCAGGUAUUGAUUUGUUGUCCUCGCAAACAACCAUACGUAUACAGUUUAGUUGAUGGGUGUUGCUGCGCACAACACCUUCGUUAAUUCAAAUGAUUUAUUCUCAGCGGUUUUGCAACGGCAUGAUUUUAUCCUCGCCGUCUUCUUGUUACUUAAUUUUCAUUUAGCAGGAAGAAACAUUGCACGGCAAACCAGCAGAGACUUGUAAAGAUGUAUUGAUGUGAUGUUACUCUACAAUGACUGUCAGCUGCAAGUCCAUCUGCCAUGCAGUGACGUUUUACACAGGAGCCACAUUUUAAACUGUCAAAUUACAUUACGUAAUACGUUUGAUUCAACAUCUGAAUGAACAACCUUGUUGACGAGGGUAAUCUAAUUUCAAUUAAUAUACACAUAUAUUUCCAUCACGAGUUGUCGCAUUUGUUCUCGUUAAACUGAAUUCAAGCAAAUGUACAAAAGCAAUACCCGUAUAUUAAUAACAAAAACAAUAUCAUAUUUGCAUACACCAUUGCGUGUCGAUAUAGACGACCAGAAAAGCUUGCAGCUAAUAGCUGACUGGUUUUAAGACAUUUUCUGAUUAUCAAAAACAGUGUUGGUGUCUUUCAUUAACCACAAUAUCUGCGGGGUUAGAUCUGCAUCACAGUUUUUAUAAUAACAGUCCUAAUGUUUUCCUUGGACAAUAUAAUACUGUUUUUGACAGGCUGUUUGAGCAUUUACAACACUUCUGUCAUGCAAUGAGUAACUGAAAAUAAAAAGUCAUGGGCACAAGAGAGUAAGCCAAAAGUCUUGUUCAAGUGUG